UCACCAUCACGAGUCUAUGCUCACCAGACAAAAGCAUCAUGCAUCCGUAAGACCGGUGAAUGUAUCUUCAUACCUUUCAAUUCAUUCAUCACAGACUUCCAAGCAAGGUGAACGGAUGGUUCAGGAUCGAGACUGGAGGAUGGCAACUGGCCACUUCCCUACAAUUCACUCCUUCCUUCCUCCAAUGAUCACAGCUUGUUCUAUCUUGGAUUGCGGUACCUCACUUUCAUCUUGCUCUUCACUUCAUUGCAUGCACGCAUUUUCUUCCAGCACAUUUCCAUCUCUUCUCGUCUGUCCAUCACACCAUCACAAUAGCAGCAUUUCAACUCCAAACAAGAUUCACAAGUCCUAUUCCACUCGCUCACCAUGUCCUCCCCAGCCUCCAUCAGAAAAGACAGCAAAGACAACAACGCCAACAACAGCCCCAACAAACCCCCCGACUUGGACCUGCUGAGCAUCCUCUACCGAAACCAAUCCCCCACCCUCCCACAACUAACCGCACACGUCAAAAGCCUGGCCGAAUACGUCAAAGACCUCUCCGCCUACAUCGCAGCUGAAGCCAACACAGCCCCCACCCCCUCAAACUCCGCCCCAACCACGCCCAGCAAACCGAGCGAAACCAACGCCAGCACCAACGAAAGCACCACCACCACCAUCCCCGACCCCAACACAAACGAAGACCCAAACGACAUCAUGCUCGCCCUCGCCCCCGUCCUCAACGCCCAACUCUCCACCCUCAACACCGUCGAAGAAACGACCAACGACUGCUUCAAACUCUGCACAGAACUCGUCGUCGGCGUCUCGAAAGCGAUGCAAGCGAAUUGUCAGAGUUUCACCCUGAAAUUGGAAGGCAUGGAGCGCGAGGUGCAGGGGGUCAAGAAGGGGUUGAUGGAAAUUGCGAUGAAGCUUGGGGCGGGGGCGGUGAAGGGGAUGGUGAAGCUGGAGACGGAGGCGAGGAAGGCGGAAGAGGCGGCGGUGCCGUUGAGGACGCUUGUUGGUGCUGCGGGGCCGAGUCGGGGGAAGAAGGGGAAGGGGAAGGGGAGGAGGCGGUGAUUCUUUUCUUGGAUGGGGGGUUGCUUGUUGGGUAUGAGCGUUCGUUUUGUCUUGGUCAUGCCAUUACUGGUAACCCGAGUCUAUUCCCAACGCCAAUGGAAGUCUCGCUAUGCACCACCCCAUCAAGCGGGGAGGAAAAAAUCCAUCUAUCUAAUGCGAUCCAGCCGCGCGCGGUUGACGGCAA